AAUUUUUUUUUAUUUUAGGUAACACUAUUAUCAUGAAAACAUAACCUAACCUAAUAGAGUUAAUUCAUUAUACAGCCAUAUUAUAUCAAUGAAAAAAAAAAGGACAAGGAGAGAGCGAGCGAAAACUUAGAGAAAAAUAACGCAACAAUAAAAAAAAAGAGUAUAUAAAAAUUUUUCAAUAUUUUUCAUAUAAAAGCCGGCUGUUAUUCAAGGUUGUAGUUCAUUCCAUUUCGAAAUUUUGUGAGUUAAAGAGAUAUUCAAAUGUGAACUAAAAAAAAAAAAAAAAACAUAAAAGAAAAAGAAAAUUUGACUAUAGAUUUUUUCUUUUAUUUUCAAUAAAACAAAUGUUUUAACUUAAAAAAAUAAAUAUUUUAGGUGUUAAAUGGAAAAAAAAAAUCACUGAAAAGAAAAGAAGAAAGUAAAAUUAAAAUUUAAUUUUUUAUAUGACCAAUUCUUUACCAUUCUGGGAAUAGCUAUACAAAAUAAAAAAAUUGUGAUUCACAGUGUAAAACAACAAAAUCAAAUUGAAAAAAGAAGAAAAAAUAAAAAUAAAGAAAAGCGCGGAAUUUCCUCGUAAAUGCAAUUUAAACGGGUUUUAUCGGAUACGGAUACUAAAAGGAAUAGAAGACAACAAAAAAAAUAUACAUAUAUACAUAUACAUAUUUAUAUAAAUAAAUUCGCUUGAAUUGGAUAAAAUUAGGAAAAAAGGUGUGCAAUACAAUUUUGAGCAAAAAUAAAAAAUAAUUUUAAAAGUAACUUUAGAGUUGAUUUCAAUGAAAAAGGAAUUAUUUUUACUCAAAUAAAUUCAAGGAUUAUAAAAAAACAAGUUAAAGUGGUGAAAAUUUUUAAGUAAAUAAUUUUUUUUAUAAAACAAAAGACAAUUUCAGUUCUUCAAUUUAAGAAAAUCGGAAAAAUUUAGAAAAAAAUAAAAAUAUUUUUCACACUGAAAAGGAAUCUUAUAUUAUUUAAUAAUUACUAAAUAAUUAUUUAUUAUAAUAAUUAAUCUUGAGAAACAUUUAAAAUAAAAGCAGUUAUAAUAUUAUAUACAUAUUUACAUACAUAGCUAUAAAAUAGUUAUUUAUUAAAAAUAUUUUAAGAUCAAAAUAAAUAAAAGAGUAUAAAUUUCAUAAUGAAAGACAUAACAGUAAAAAGUAUACCAAAAGGAACUGAAUAUAAGGAGGUUGUCAUUAUUGGCAAUGGUCCCAGUGGUAUUACAUUAUCUUAUAUGUUAGCCGGAAAUUGGCCAUAUUGGAUUCCAGAAAAGAUAGAAAAACAUCCAGAUGAAUUACUUAGAGCUAGAUUAAAUUAUGCUGAUAAUAGUAAAAGUUUAGUUGAACAAGAUUUAAUUACAUUAGCUGAAGGUUUAGAGGGUCGAAGUACAAAUCCAGUAUCAUUACUAUUAGAUAGUUUAGAACAUCCAUGUGCUGAUUUUGGAAUGGAGUUACCAUCAAUGCUAGAAUAUAAAAUGAACUCUAAUAGAACGAUUGAUCAUGUUGUUCUUGGUAAAGGUCCACCAGGUGGAACAUGGCAUCGUAUGGAUCCAAAUUUACGUACAUUAUCAUUAGCGGCAUGGAUGUCUUUACCUGGUUUAAAUUAUAAUGAUUGGGAAGAACAAAAACAGCAACAAGAACAACAACAAGAACAUAUUGAAGACAUUGAAAAUCCAAAUAAUUCAAAUAAUUUAUUUAAAACAAUAAUUAAAAAUUCAUUACAAAAAAGUGAUAAUCAAAAACAAAAAACACAAAUGGAAAAUAAUACAGAAUGUGCAAAAUGUCUUGAACUAAGAUCAAAACCUAAUCCAAAAUAUAUAAUAAAAACUAACAUUGUCAGAAAGAAUGAAGAUGAUAAAAAUAGUUUAGGUUUAGAGAAUAAUAAUGAAUCGGAAAUAGGUGCCUUGUGUUGUAAAUGUACUAAAGCUUUUACAAUUAAUGCAAAUGCAAAUGAUAGUUUUAACAUAAAUCAGAAUAAAGGUAUUCAAAUGCCCCCUCGGCGAAAUUUAUCACUAAAACGUUUAAUGUCAAAAGAAGUUCAGACCAGAGCUCUUGUAUCAAGAGUUGCGCAAUAUUAUGAAGAAUAUGUUAGUAUAAUGGAUUUGAAUAAAUACUUUGUAAAUGAUACUAUAGUAACACUAAUCGCUCCAUUAGUAUCUUGUUUGCAACAAGACGAACAGCAGAUAUGUAUUCCAUUGACAGACCAACAAGACAAGGAAACUCAGCCCUGCAUAGAAAAAUCAGAGUUUCCAGAAAAAGGAAAAUUUAAUAGAGCUAGAUGGAUUGUUGCUGGAAUCAACAAGGCAACCGGUCGAUCAUUUUAUUACGCUUGUCACAAUGUUGUUUUGGCGAAUGGUGUUUCAGAUUUAGCAAAUAGAUUAGGUUUAAGAGGAGAAACUUUAAAGUCAUCAUGGGUUAAGCACGAAUUACCUGAUUUAGAAGCAGAUUUAGAAAAAUUAAAGGAAAAAGAACGAAGAAGUUUAAAACCAGUUGUUGUAGUCGGUGCUGGACUAAGUGCAGCUGAUGCAGUAACAAUAUGUCGUUUGUCUGAUAUUCCCGUUAUUCACGUAUUCCGCAGUCGUUCAGCUGGUUUAGAUAAAAUGUUACCAGAAAAUGUUUAUCCAGAAUAUCAUGAAGUACAAAGAAUGAUGAAAGAUCCUCAUACGCAAUAUGAUUAUUAUACACCACUACCAGAGCAUACCUUGUGUGAUAUAUUUACUUCAUCAUCAAAUAAUGAUCAACAUAAUGUUACCGUACGCCAUUUAAUAACUGGCGAAAUGAAAACAUUUGAAGUGUCAUAUUGUGCUAUAUUGAUUGGGUCGCGACCAGAUUUGCGUUUCAUAUCCAAUAUCACAAAAACUUUACCAACAUAUCCAUCAAAGGUGGCUAUUACAACACUCGCAACAAAUUUUGUUAAUCAAACAGAACAAGUCGUGUUUUCGCCAAUGAGUAGAAAAAUUUCUUGGUUGAAAAAUUUUUGUUCAAAAUGUAAACAUUUUAAUAUAUGCGAAUGGAGUUUUCGUUCAAAUGAAAAUCGCACAAAAAUUUGUGGCCAUCAGUAUAAUAAGACAUGUGAUUGCUUAAAUCGAUUAAAUAGUCCAGUUUUAAAAAAUAUGUUAUUUGUCACUGAAGACACAGGUCUAGGACUUGGAAUAGAUCCAAAUAAACCAAUUGACUCAAAGACUAAUCAAAUUGCUGUUGAUAAAUUUACAAAUGAAAUUGAACGUGUACCAAAAGGUUUAUAUGCGUUAGGUCCAUUAGUUGGUGAUAAUUUUGUUAGAUUUAUACCGGGUGGUGCCUUAGCAAUCACAGCCGCUCUUAAUAGGGAAAAUGAUUGAAAAUUUCUAUUAGACUUUAUUUUGUUUUAAUGACUAAAAUGAGAACAUAUAAAAUAUACCAAGGCGAUUGUUGAAAAAGAAAACGGAAAUUUAGAAGUUAUUUUUAUUAAGUAAAAAAUCGUGGUGUAUUUUCAACUUUUGUAAUUACUUUUAAAAUAAUUGGUGCGCAAGAUCGAUAUUUAUAUUAAUAAUUUUGAAUUGUACUGUAGUCUUAAACAAAAUAGUUUAAUUUGAAUAUAAACACGUUGUUGUUGGAAUAUAAUUUGAAACAUAACAAUAUUAUUUAAUAAUUUUAUACGUUAGAAAUCUAAAUUCACUAAAAAUUUAUUAAAGUCAGUAUUAUUGUACAUCAAAAAAAAAUUUUUUUUAAAUACAUUUAAAUUUAAAAAACUUUUAAAGUUCAAGACAAAUUUUAUUUUAUGAACAAAAGUAAUUUUAAGAUAAAUAAUUUUUCCUACUGUAAUA